UAUCCACUUGAUAAAUUUAUCGGCAUACCGAAGUGGCAGAUAAUUCAAAACUUCCACCAAAAGCCCAUCAAUCAGCUGAGACAAACGGAAGGAACUCUGGCAACCGUGAGAUGUACAUCGACAAGCUUGAAAAUCGAGGAACGACAGUCGAGCCACCGGAUAUUACAAGAUAGCAGAGGGGUGAUAUCGAGAAAUUUUUCGAAAUCAAAAAAGAAAAACCGUCAAUCACCACUGGAUAAUAAUGAGAGGCACGAGGAAACAGCAUCUAAUACCACCAACCGGCUAGACUUGCCGGACGUGUCAAUUCCAAAAAUUGACGGAUCACCACAAGGCAAGCCACUGCAGGUUAAACGCAGUGACUCAUUCAUCAAGAAGAUAAUAAAAACCUCCAAAGAGAAUCUGACGUUGAACUGCGAGAAGCUGAUCAAGAAUAUUCAGCGAAGAAGUCCACGUCUAGUCAGGCGAAAGCAGCAGUCAAUCGACAGCAGUGAUAGCCAAAAGAGCGGUGACGAGGAGGUGGCAGUGGUACCCCAGUUAGCCCGUCGAAAGGGGCCCAAAAGACGUCCCCUGGGCCUGUCAAACCUCUUCAAAUCAUCAGACCACUUGUCAGCAGCAAACCCAGUCCCACAAACGCCCGAUCAACUCCCCAUAAAUCCAUCAACACUCGAAGGACCUGCAGCCCCAGGGGAGGAGUCGCCGGUCCACAGGAUCAACUCGGGUUCGCCUUUCUCCAAAAGAUCAAGCUCACGCAGCAUCUCCGUGGAAGAUGUGGACGAGCUAAUUCGAUCUGAGAACAACGUGCAACUGUUGGAGGAGCGAACCGACGUCUACCGAAAGCUACGUCGUAAGAUCGAACAAGCGAGAAGUCUAUCCGACAACGAGAGCUCGGACAAUUCAUCGAUUAAUCUUGAUGCACCACCAAGAAGACGUGCCCUGAGUGCUCGAAUUGUUGAAUCCAGUGUCAAGACUAAAAUAACGAAAAAUUUGUCGGCAUUGAGACGUAACAAGCUCAAACGUUCACCAACACCGGAUGACUUGCGUUACAUUGGGUCAUUAGCUGUUGCUGAUAGCAAUGAGAGGUCACACGAUAAUGCCUCGGUGAAGGAAGCGCCGAUACCCUCCGGCCACAUCGACAGACCAACGUUAAAUUCAAUAGGUUUUGAGUCGAUUAAGCCACUGGUUAAUUCCACGUACAGUCAACAAUGCAGAAUUGCAAAUUCAGUGAAUACUCGUGUUUCUAAUAACACGAAGGAGGGAGAAACGCUGAAAAAGCUUGGGAAUUCAAGAGCGUGGCGCACUUUGGUAUCGACUGAGGCGCUGUGCAAUGCCACAGUGAGAUAUCAGUUGAGUGACAACAAUCAAGUGAGACAGUGUUCUACGAGUAAAAUAACUGGUAUAAGAGAUUUUGGGAAUUUAUUGUUGGAUGAACAUCGGGUUAUUAGUGGGCUUGAUUGCUUGUCCGAUGAAUUGGAUGAGAAAUCGAUUGGGGAUUUUGAUGAGGUGUGCUGUUAUCGCGAGGAGUUGAUUAAUGGUGAAAAUAGUGAGAUUGAUAAGGAGAGAAGUGAUAGUGGGGUAUUGACUCGGAUUAAAGACUUGAAGACACAACUGGGCAAGCAACAGAUGGAUUUGGGGUACAGUGGUCAUCAUUUGGUGCCAAGUCAUGGUAGAGUCAGAAUGGGAGAUGAGCCUGAUCGUGAUACUGUUUACAACAAUUUUCGUCGUAAAUUUCUGCAGAGGAUAAAUGGGAGUAGAGAGUUUACAGCUGGUGAUAACUCAGUGGGGACACAGAAUACGAGGGACAGUGGUGUGAGGGAGGGUAGGAGAUCGGGGGAUCGGGAUAAUUCCAAGAGUGAACAAGAGUACGAUGACUUUGCGGAUCUUGUGGAUAUGGUACUUAAUGGUGAUGGCAUUGAUGCCGAAAGUGGUGUUGUCAGGAUUAGUGGCGAGGAUUACACCAAUAAUCCGACACUUGGGGAGGUGCAGGGAGUCAGAGUCCGAAAAAAUUCGAGUACAUUGCAGAAGUUCCAUUUGCAGAUAUCGAGACUAGAGAUGUAUCCCGAGAAAUCAGAGAUCGUCGACAGAUUGCUGGAAGAGAUGGCCACGAAGCCCAUCAUCCACAUAGCCCAAAAAGACGGUGGAACCCAGUUGAAGCUGGUGAUAGACUAUCCAAACGAUCUGCAAGCACUCUUCAAGCCCAUGAGAUUCGGUCGUGAACAGCAAACGCUUCCGAACCAUUUCUACUUCACAGAUUUUGAGCGUCACACAGCGGAGAUAGCGACCUUCCACCUCGACAAGCUUUUGGGAUUCAGAAGGGCAAUGCCAGUGACCGGUCGUACCCUCAACAUGACCACUGAGAUAUAUCAAUUGGCGGAGGGUGAAUUGUUGAAAACAUUCUUCGUCAGUCCAGCUGGAAACAUGUGCUUUCACGGCAGAUGCAGUUAUUACUGCGACACGAGUCAUGCUAUCUGCGGCAAUCCUGACACUCUCGAGGGCAGCUUUGCCGCUUUUCUCCCUGGCAAGGAACUAGCUGUGAGGAAAGUCUGGCGACACCCUUGGAGAAGGAGUUAUCAUAAACGCAGGAAGGCUGCUUGGGAAACAGAUUCGAAUUACUGUGCCCUUAUUAGGGACAUACCACCGUACGAUGAAGGUCGUCGAUUGCUGGAUCUGAUGGACAUGUCGAUCCUCGAUUUUCUCAGUGGUAACAUGGACAGACACCAUUACGAGACCUUCAAAACAUUCGGAAAUGACUCGUUCAUCGUACACUUGGAUCACGGACGUGGCUUCGGCAAACCCUACCACGACGAGACAUCCAUCCUGGCACCGUUGCUCCAGUGCUGCGUUAUAAGACAGUCGACCCUUGGGACCCUCCUCAAAUACCACAACGGUCCUCAACGGCUGAGCGCGGCGAUGCGUCAAAGCAUGGAGAAGGAUCCUGUGGCGCCGGUCCUGUGGAAACCACAUCUCACUGCACUUGAUAGACGUGUUGGUCUCAUUCUACAAGCAAUAAGAGACUGCCUAAAUCGCAGUGUCCAGCCUGAUCGGCUUGUCGAGGAGAGCGAUCAACAGCUCGAUCAGCGAAUAAUACACUGAGAAAAUAGUCAUUUUCCGUAAUGCCUCUCACAAUUUUUCGUUUAGGAAUUGGUCCGUCGAAAAAUUGAAAUUAUUACGGAAAAAAUGCCGUAUCUGUGCGGUCUGUUCUCCAUUGGGUUAUUUUACGCCUUCAUCUUGACAAGAAAUUACCCCAUCGUCACCGACCGGAAAAACACAUUUCCGCACAUGUUACCAAUUUUUAUUGCACGACGAGAGACUUUUUCGCACGGAGUGCAAUAAUUUUUCAUCACUGUCGCUGAAAUAGACUUUUUUGACAAGUACAUCUUCACUCGCAUUGAGGAUGGCUAGAUAAAAA